GCCGUUCCGAGCGGAAGUGCAUGCCCACUGUGGCCCGCCGCAAUUCCGCGAUGGUGGGCGGCGGCGGCGGGAUGGCGGGCGGUCCUCUGGAGAACGCUAACCCCCUCAUCUACGAGCGUUCUGGGGAGCGGCCCGUAACCGCCGGCGAGGAGGACGAGCAGGUUCCCGACAGCAUCGACGCGCGCGAGAUCUUCGAUCUGAUUCGCUCAAUCAAUGACCCGGAGCAUCCACUGACGCUGGAGGAAUUGAACGUAGUGGAGCAAGUCCGGGUUCAGGUGAGCGACCCGGAGAGCACCGUGGCAGUGGCCUUCACACCCACAAUUCCGCACUGCAGCAUGGCCACCCUUAUUGGCCUCUCCAUCAAGGUUAAGCUUCUUCGAUCUCUUCCCCAGCGUUUCAAGAUGGAUGUGCACAUUACACCAGGGACCCAUGCCUCGGAGCAUGCAGUGAAUAAGCAGCUUGCAGAUAAGGAGCGGGUAGCAGCAGCCCUAGAGAACACCCACCUACUGGAGGUUGUGAACCAGUGCCUGUCAGCCCGCUCCUGAACCUGGCUUUUGGCCCCCAGCCUGCACACUCAUGUCCUGGUUCCAGCUCCAACCAGGGCUUGUGGCCUUGUUUUUUUGAAUCACUGACAAUGAGAAACUAACAUUUUGCAUUUUGUAAUAAACCCUUAAUUUAUAUUCAUUUCCCAGCAUGCUUUAGAGUCGUUCAUCUUGGUGGGGUCACUCAGGGCUUGGGAGGGGGUGGUGAUAGUGAGUGCUUGUACAAGGUGGGUUGAUGAAGUGCAGGUCCAGUUUAUUUUUUAAAAUGUCUUUGAAUGUUUUGAUUAGGAAAAGUUACAAGUAUACAAAAAAAUUGAAAGAAGAGUGUAGUAAACACACCUGUAUACCUACCACCUAGAUUCAACUGUUGUUACCAUGUUGUAACAUUUGCUUUGUUUAUGUGUAUAUGUAUAAAUAGAUGUGAGAGUAAGCUGCAGAGACGUGACCCUUCACUUCUGAGUACUUCGUCCUGUGUCUCCUGAGAGUAACCGUGUAUAACUGCAAUUCUGUUAUCUGGCCAAAAAAUCAGCAAUUCCCCAGCGCACUAAUAACCAGGCCAAAUUCGCACUUCCCCAAAAUGUCAUUCAUCAUUUUUUUCCUUUUUUUUUUUUUUUAAAUCAGGCUC